AUGGGUCGCGUUGAUCUCCGGGGCCACGAUUGUGGUGAUGCCUCGAAAUACAGCUACCGAUCCCGGCGUCUUUGGGGGUUUCUUGAAAUCUCACAACUUGACUGUGAUAUUUUUGACUGCUGCAUUGUUCCACAUGUCCUCUGUGGGGGAAAUUUGGCGAACGUGCGCGCUAUGAAAAAUGUCUUGGAGAAUGGGCCACCGCAGAAUCUUUGGAAUAUAUACGGUCCAAUUGAGUGUAUGGCGUUGGUCACUUUGACUCGCGUCACAUUGGAAGAGACAUCUCGAGAAAGAAUCAGCAUCGGUAGUCCAAUAGGCGAGACGGUACUCGUGCUAUUGGACGAGAACCAGAACACCAUUCGUGAUAGCGGAAGACGAGGCGAGAUCUAUCUAGAAGGAUCCCAGCAGUCCCUCGGAUACUUGAACCGGCUUUAUGAGACGAGCCAGUCCUUUGUUUAUUUAGCGAGAAAGAGGAUGGGCUUUCCAGGGGAGGGUGCUGUUCGUUUGUAUCGAACAGGUGACAUGGCUGAAUGGUGUGACGCCACCUACCUUCUUGAUUUUGCUGGACGCACUAAUAAUUAG